CAAAAAAUUUAUUCGUUCUGGAGAGUUCCAGAAAUACACCAAACUCUUCUCCUCCUUUCGUUCUCUCCAGAAAUGUCCACUCUUCACUAUAUAUCAGACUAGAUACUAUUCCCUAAUUGCGUUUCGGGUUCCAACUUUUAUAUCUUGAUCGUAGCAUAAAUAAAAUGCCUCAAGUUCUGUCUAAUUUGGGCGUCUCUUGCCCCCUGUACUCGACGAGGAUUAGCAAAUCGUGCAAUCCCGUCGGCGGAAACUUUCAACAGUUUGUAUUGAAGAAUGGCAGACAGUUUGGGUUUAGCAACAGAAGAAGUAUCAAGGCUAUGGCAGAGAGUAGAGAAAACCUUGACCACUUACAGAGACCCAGCAAGCACCAGCAAUCCCAGCCCAGGAGAAGACCCGCUUCAAUUGGAUUGUGGGACAGGUUUCCAACAGCAAGGACAGUACAACAGAUGAUGGAGACAAUGGAGAGGGUGAUGGAGGAUCCAUUCGAGUACUCAGGCGGGUGGCCGUCGCCGUUACCAAGUGAGGGAGGUGGGUAUAGUAGAGGGAGGACACCAUGGGAGAUAAAAGAAGGGGAGGGUGAGUACAAACUGAGGUUUGACAUGCCUGGGAUGACCAAGGAGGAUGUGAAGGUGUGGGUGGAGGAGAAGAUGCUGGUUGUUAAGGCUGAGAAGGUUCCCAAGAAGGAGAAUAAUGGUGGAGAAAAGGGCGAAGGAGAGAAGGAGGAGGACUGGUCUGCUAAGAGCUAUGGAAGGUACAGUAGUAGAAUUGCUUUGCCUGAAAAUAUCCACUUUGAGAAGAUCAAAGCUGAGGUUAAAGCUGGAGUCUUGUAUAUUACUAUCCCUAAAGCUGUUACCUCUGGCAAGUUUCUGGACAUCAAUGUCCAUUGAUUACUUUCACCGUAUAAGGAUUCAAAUAAAAUCUUUGACUGAUGCAAUCAUCACACUUUUCCAA